UCUUCCGUCACUGGGGCAUCUCAUCUGUAGCAAGGCUUAGCUGCGGAUCUGGGUCCGCUGUCGGAGGUACGGGUCCUCGCUGGGCUCAGAGGAGAGGGCCUGGGACCCGAUCUCGCAGUCAUCACCAUAGUGCCUGGCAGCCAGCAGCGACGCACGCAUGGGAUCCUCUGUGUCCAAGGCUGCCCUCGGGGCCACCACCGAUGAGCCCACGGAACCAGAAGCAAGACACCUGGCGGAUCUAACACAAUACAUAAAUCAAACAAAUAUGAGCGUCAAGCAUCUGGCUAACAUUCUUUCUGAGAAAACUGGAAGCAGCAGCUGGGUGGUGGUGUUCAAAGCCCUGGUUACCGUGCAUCACCUCAUGGUGCAUGGAAAUGAGCGUUUUAUCCAACACCUUGCAUCUCGAAACUCUUUGUUCACUUUGCACAACUUUCUGGAUGACAGUGUCCCAGAAGGCUAUUCUAUGUCAAUCUUCAUCAGACGAUACAGCAAGUACUUGAACGAAAAGUCACUCGCAUAUAGAUUCACAGCAUCUGACAUCACAAAGACCAAGAGAGGGACAAAUGGUGUAAUGAGAACUAUGAAUACCAGAGAGCUGCUUGACACACUUCCAGUUAUUCAAACCCAGUUUGAUGCUCUUCUUAAAUUCAAUGCAAAUCCAGAUGAACUAACUAAUGGUAUAAUACAUGCUGCUUUCCUGCUGCUCUUUAAAGAUUCUCUCCGUCUCUUUGCAGCAUACAAUGAGGGGAUUCUUAACCUGCUAGACAAGUAUUUCAACAUGAGGAGAAGCCAAUGCAAGGAAAGUUUGGAUCUUUACAUCAAAUUCCUCGGAAGAACAACCAAACUGACACAGUUCCUGAAAGUUGCAGAGCAAGUUGGAAUUUAUCGGAGUGACAUUCCAUGUCUUACUCAGGCACACUACAGUUUAAUUGAAGCGCUGAAACAGCAUUUAAUUUACUUGGAAAAGAAAAAUGACAAUUUACCUCCUUACAGUCUCCAGCAUGAAUUUAUUCCAUCCAUCCCAGAUGGCUCAGUUAUGAAAGCUUUAGCAAGCCGAGCUGCAAGUACAGAUCGUAACUUUGGAGAACGUGUGGCCAACAAAACAGACCGGAAGUGGUGUCAGCCUUCAGAGAUGGAAAUUAGAACUGGAAGGAAUUCGCAGUUGAAUACCUGCAUGUGUACAUCAACCAUCUGGAAUUCCAUUUCUGGAAGAAACAUGGUUCCAACUCCAAUGGAUUCUCCUUCCCUAAUGGCAUCUCAAUCCACAAUUUAUACUCAUCAGUGCAUAAAGACCACCAAUCUUUCCAUUCAAACCCCAGGACAUAAGGACCCGCCUCCUAACAGCAAGAAGGAAGAAGCCAGGAGGAAGAUGCACCCUGCAGGUCACGCCCAUGGACCCACCUCUUCCGACCAGGCCCACAUUCUACCCACAAGUCGUCGUGAGCCGGGUGAUCCAAUGAUCUGAAGAUCUCCUAUGCAGUCCAUGUAGAGGUACCACGGCAAAAAGAUUCAGAUUCAGAGAUGAAAACAAAUGGUGAUCUUUCAACAGCCUGAACUGAAUCAUCCGCAUCUUAUGAGUACAAUAAACAUUCAC